GAUGGGAACAUCGAGUACAAGCUAAAGCUAGUGAAUCCCUCGCAAUACCGCUUUGAGCACCUGGUGACACAGAUGAAGUGGCGACUACAGGAAGGCCGAGGUGAGGCUGUCUACCAGAUCGGCGUGGAGGACAAUGGGCUGCUGGUGGGCCUCUCAGAGGAGGAGAUGCGUGCCUCGCUCAAGACACUGCGCCGUAUGGCAGAGAAGGUUGGGGCUGACAUUACGGUGCUGCGGGAGAGGGAGGUCGAUUACGACAGCGACGUUCCAAGGAAGAUAACGGAGGUGCUUGUCCGAAAGGUGCCUGACAACCAGCAGUUCUUAGACCUGCGAGUAGCUGUGCUGGGGAAUGUGGACUCAGGGAAGUCAACCCUGUUGGGUGUCCUAACGCAAGGAGAGCUGGACAACGGGCGGGGCAGAGCACGCCUCAACCUCUUCCGGCAUCUCCAUGAAAUCCAGUCAGGAAGAACGUCGAGCAUCAGCUUUGAGAUCCUCGGCUUCAACAGCAAAGGAGAGGUGGUAAAUUACAGUGACUCCCGAACAGCAGAAGAGAUCUGUGAGAGUUCUUCCAAAAUGAUCACUUUCAUCGACCUGGCUGGCCACCACAAGUAUCUAAAAACAACCAUCUUUGGCCUCACCAGCUACUGCCCAGACUUUGCUAUGCUGGUGGUUAGUGCCAACACUGGCAUUGCAGGCACAACGCGAGAGCACUUGGGCUUGGCCAUGGCCCUCAAGGUCCCCUUCUUCAUUGUCAUCAGCAAAGUUGACUUGUGUUCGAAAGCCACCGUGGAACGGACAGUGAAGCAGCUGGAGCGAAUCCUGAAGCAGCCAGGCUGCAACAAGCUCCCCCUGCUUGUGAACUCAGAUGACGAUGCUGUUACAGCAGCACAGCAGUUUGCACAGUCUCCCAACAUCACCCCAAUCUUCACACUGUCCAGUGUUUCUGGGGAGAACCUGGAUCUCUUAAAAGUCUUCCUCAACAUCCUCCCUCCACUGACCAACAGUAAAGAGCAGGAAGAACUAAUGCAGCAACUCACAGAGUUUCAGGUCGAUGAAAUUUAUACUGUGCCAGAGGUGGGGACUGUUGUGGGAGGAACUCUGUCGAGUGGGAUCUGCCGAGAAGGCGAGAAUCUGGUGGUUGGUCCCACUGACGAUGGGAAGUUCCUCCGGCUGAAAGUGUGCAGUAUCCAACGCAACCGCUCUGCCUGCCGUGUGCUGCGGGCUGGGCAGGCAGCCACGCUAGCCCUCGGACCCUUCGACCGCUCCCUGCUGCGCAAGGGCAUGGUCAUGGUGAGCCCAGAAAUGAACCCCACCAUCUGCUCAGUGUUUGAAGCCGAGAUCGUGCUGUUGUUCCAUGCCACGACUUUCCGGAAGGGGUUUCAGGUGACGGUGCACGUGGGGAACGUGCGACAGACUGCUAUCGUAGAGAAGAUCCAUGGAAAGGACAAGCUGCGGACAGGAGAGAAGGCAGUUGUCCGUUUCAGGUUCAUUAAGCAUCCUGAAUACUUGAAGAUCGGAGCCAAGCUGCUUUUCCGUGAAGGAGUCACCAAAGGCAUUGGGCAUGUCACUGACCUCCAAGCCAUCACCACCAAAGAAAACGGUCUGGAGGAGUCCCUGGGGCCUGGACAGCUGAGCUUCUGACUACCACUAGGUCAGAGAGAUCUCCACUCGCCAACACAUGGGGAGAAGGAUGGAACCUCCCGUGGCUCUCUGAGUGAUGCCUGGAGCUGCUG